AUGUCCUCGACGCAGCGCCAGCUCAUCAACAGCGUCACCGCUAUCUAUGUCGUCGGGCCAUCAUCCGCGGGAAAGACCACGCUCUGCAAUGCCCUCGCGAGGCAGCUCGGCCUGCCCAAUGAAGUCUACGUCACAGAAGUAGCUCGCACAGUCAUGCGAGAGCAGGGGUUCUCUCGCGCCGACGUGCACAAGCUAGAGAUGCAACAGGCCAUUGUUGACGCUCAAAUCGCCCACGACACACAAGCUCGCGAGGCAGCACUCCGCUUGACGGGAUCCUCCAAACAGGCCGUACCACGCAGUACACUCAUCCUUUGCGACCGGUCCGCCAUCGACGCGCUCGUCUACGCCAAGCUGACGUCCGCAAACGAUCAAGCGCUCCUCGAAUCCGCGUCGUUCCAGACCGCUCUCGCCUCGUAUCGCGCGCCGCACACGGUCUGUGUGUUGCUACGGCCCAUUCCGGAUUGGAUGCAUGACGACGGAAUUCGAAGUAUCGCAGAGGACAGAGAGCGUUGUUUGGAGGUGUUCAGAGAAGUGCUGGGUGAUCUUGGGAUCACGUAUUUUGAGAUUGGUGAUAGUUGUCGGAUGCUUGAGGAGAGGGUCGCGUUUGUCAGGAGGUGUGCUUGGAUGUAG